AUGACAUCCACAAACCCCGACCCCUCCGCCGCAGCCCCGGCCUUCAUCCCCCUCGAAGCCAACCCGGAGCUCAUGACCUCCCUCCUCCACAAGCUCGGCCUCUCCCCGGCCCUCCAGAUCCACGACGUCUACUCCCUCACCGACCCGGACAUGCUCUCCUUCGUCCCGCGCCCCGCCCUCGCCGUCCUCCUCGUCUUCCCCGUCAGCGCCGCCUACGAGAGCCAUCGACUGGCCGAGGACGCCCUGCUGGACGAGUACAAGGGUAAAGGCCCGCAGGAGCCCGUUUUGUGGUUCCGCCAGACGAUUAGGAAUGCGUGCGGUCUCAUGGGGUUGUUGCAUGCUGUUGCUAAUGGGCCUGCGAGGGAGUAUAUCCAGAAACCAUCCGACCUCAACACCCUACUCGAAACAGCCGAACCCCUCGAACCCGCCUCCCGCGCCCAGCUCCUCGAGAAGACGCCCGCCCUCGCCACGGCGCACCGCGAAGCCGCGUCGCAGGGCGCGACCGAGGCGCCCGAGGCCUCGGACGACGUGGACCUGCACUACGUCUGCUUCGUGCGCGGCGACGACGGCACGCUGUGGGAGCUCGACGGGCGGCGCAAGGGCCCGCUGAACCGCGGCCAGCUCGAGUCCGGCGAGGAUGUGUUGAGCGAGAAGGCGCUGACGUGGGGCCCGCGCAAGUUCCUCGAGAGGGAGGGCGCGGAUUUGCGGUUUAGUGCUGUUGCGUUGGCUGGGUCUCUUGAUUGA